UUGUCCAGUACGGAAGCCGAACAUGAUCAAACUGAUCACCCGGCUUGAAUGCAAGGCAUGCAAUCUCUGUCACAUACCAGCUAACGUAGCAACCACACAUAUCCACAGAGAGUUUGUAUUUAGCUGCACAGAUCGCAGUCAUACUGUAUUUAAUGUUAGCCGUCACAGCGUAACUGCACUAUAAUCUAUAGAAAUAUAGAUCUACCACAUCGGAGUGACCAGGAUGGAGUGGCAGCCAGAUGAACAGGGUCUGCAGCAAGUGCUUCAGCUACUCAAGGACUCCCAGUCCCCAGACACAGCAACACAGAGAGCUGUGCAAGAAAAACUGGAGCAACUUAAUCAGUUUCCAGAUUUCAACAACUAUCUCAUCUUUGUCCUCACAAGCCUCAAAUCUGAGGACGAGCCCACUCGCUCUCUGAGCGGUCUCAUACUGAAGAACAAUGUUAAGGCUCACUACCAGAACUUCCCUCCCACUGUGGCUGACUUCAUCAAACGAGAAUGCCUCAACAACAUCGGAGAUCCUUCACCGCUUAUCAGAGCUACGAUCGGCAUCCUGAUCACGACCAUUGCCUCUAAAGGAGAGUUGCAGACCUGGCCGGAACUGUUGCCUCAGCUUUGUAAUCUGCUCAACUCCGACGACUAUAACACCUGCGAGGGUUCUUUUGGAGCAUUGCAGAAGAUCUGCGAGGAUUCAUCAGAGUUGUUGGAUAGCGAUGCUCUGAACAGACCUCUCAACAUCAUGAUCCCCAAAUUCCUACAGUUUUUUAAGCACUGCAGCCCCAAGAUCAGGUCCCAUGCUAUAGCGUGUGUAAACCAGUUCAUCAUUGGUCGAGCUCAGGCUCUGAUGGAUAACAUUGACACCUUCAUUGAGAGUUUAUUUGCACUGGCCGGUGACGAGGACAGUGAAGUGCGGAAGAACGUGUGCAGGGCUCUGGUCAUGCUGCUGGAAGUCCGCAUUGACCGCCUCAUCCCACACAUGCACAGCAUUAUCCAGUACAUGCUGCAGAGGACCCAGGACCCAGAUGAGAACGUGGCUCUGGAGGCCUGUGAGUUCUGGCUGACUCUGGCUGAACAGCCCAUUUGCAAAGAGGCCCUGUCUGGGCACUUGGUCCAGCUGAUCCCUAUCCUGGUGAAUGGGAUGAAAUACUCUGAGAUUGACAUUAUUCUUCUAAAGGGUGACGUUGAAGAGGAUGAGGCAGUUCCUGACAGCGAGCAAGACAUCAAACCUCGCUUCCACAAGUCCCGCACCGUCACUCUGCAGCAUGAAGGAGGGGAGGGCGAGGAGGGGGAGGACAUCGACGAAGACGAGGACGACGAUGAUGACACACUGUCUGACUGGAACCUACGGAAGUGUUCGGCCGCGGCUCUGGACGUUCUUGCCAACGUGUUUCGUGAGGAGUUGCUUCCCCAUCUCCUGCCCCUGCUCAAAGGACUACUGUUCCACCCUGACUGGGUCAUUAAGGAGUCUGGCAUCCUAGUGCUGGGAGCUAUCGCUGAGGGUUGCAUGCAAGGCAUGGUACCUUACUUGCCUGAGCUCAUCCCCCACCUCAUCCAGUGUUUGUGCGACAAGAAGGCCCUGGUCCGCUCCAUCGCCUGCUGGACCCUCAGCCGCUACGCCCACUGGGUGGUCAGCCAGCCCCCUGACGCUCACCUCAAACCCCUCAUGACUGAGCUGCUCAAACGCAUCCUGGAUGGCAAUAAGAGGGUACAGGAAGCAGCAUGCAGCGCGUUUGCCACCCUGGAGGAGGAGGCGUGUACAGAGCUGGUGCCUUACCUGAGCUUCAUCCUGGACACGCUGGUUUUUGCUUUUGGGAAGUACCAGCACAAGAACCUGCUCAUCCUCUAUGAUGCUAUAGGAACACUGGCAGACUCUGUGGGACACCAUCUCAACCAGCCUGAGUACAUAGAGAAGCUGAUGCCUCCGCUGAUAGCCAAGUGGAACGAGCUAAAGGACGAAGACAAAGAUCUCUUCCCUCUGCUUGAGUGUCUGUCAUCUGUUGCCACGGCGCUGCAGAGCGGCUUCCUCCCCUACUGCGAGCCUGUCUACCAGCGCUGUGUCACCCUGGUCCAGAAGACACUGGCUCAAGCCAUGGUGAGCCCCACUCACAUGCACAUGGACUUUGCAGAGAUGUACAGUCAGCAGCCAGACCAGUACGAAGCACCCGACAAGGACUUCAUGAUCGUGGCAUUGGAUCUUUUAAGUGGCUUAGCUGAGGGACUGGGGGGGCACGUGGACACGCUUGUGGCCCGCAGUAACAUCAUGACGCUGCUUUUCCAGUGCAUGCAGUCCCAGGAUACGAUGCCUGAAGUAAGACAGAGUUCAUUUGCUCUACUGGGUGACUUGACCAAGGCUUGCUUCCCUCAUGUUAAACCUUGUAUUGCUGAAUUCAUGCCAAUCCUCGGGACAAAUCUGAACCCGGAGUUCAUCUCUGUCUGCAACAAUGCUACCUGGGCCAUAGGAGAGAUCUGUAUGCAGAUGGGAGUGGAGAUGCAGCCGUACAUCGCUAUGGUUCUGAACCAGCUGGUUGAGAUUAUUAAUCGCCCCAACACCCCCAAGACCCUGCUGGAGAACACCGCAAUCACCAUCGGGCGACUGGGCUACGUGUGUCCUCAGGAGGUCGCGCCCAUGCUGCCGCAGUUUAUCCGGCCCUGGUGUACGUCUCUGCGGAACAUCAGAGACAACGAGGAAAAAGACUCUGCCUUCCGUGGGAUUUGCAUGAUGAUCGGUGUGAACCCAGGAGGCGUGGUGCAGGACUUCAUCUUCUUCUGUGACGCAGUGGCCUCCUGGGUGAAUCCUAAGGACGAUUUGAGAGACAUGUUCUAUAAGAUCCUGCACGGUUUUAAGGAACAGGUUGGGGAGGAGAACUGGCAGCAGUUCUCAGAGCAGUUCCCUCCACUGCUGAAGGAGAGACUGGCAGCCUGCUAUGGCGUUUAGAUACUCUACACCCACCCAAGAGGUGAGCCAGCAGGAGGAGGGUGAAUGGGAAACUCAUCCAUCUGUGUAUUGCACUGCCCUGAUCUGGGGGGAGGGAGAGGGACGCUAUUGGCCGCUCCCCCUGACGGACGGCCCCCACGCCCUAUGUGUUUGUCCAUAGAGGGAGGGUGGGCGGGUGGGAGGGUGGGACAGAGGGACACCUCUAGAUUAACUAGGCAGGGACCCGACACAGAAAAACUAACUGGUAGGGACAGAUAGAGAGGGACAGAGACAGGAACAUGAAGAAGAGACGGAGGGAUAGACAUGUUGGGAAAGAGGGAGGCAGGGAGAGAGACCAGUAGAGAGCGUUCAGGGAAAGAAAGGGUGGGAAAUCAGUAACAAGGCAGGGAAAAAGAGCGACAGAAAGGUCUGUUAUUACUGGGAGGACAGGGACAGUUGAGAUUUGAAUAGGAUUCUUAAACUCAAGAGUAACCGAUAGCUUGACCGACAGACAGACCAACACAGACUCGCACACAUUUACACUUGCACACACUGCACAUGCAGUACAUGGAACUGACUGUGGGUGGCACUAUUAUUCAGACUUUUUGAGACCUACAUGUAGUUAGGGACAGACAGACAGGGGUCUAAACUCUGUUCGUUUUCUGGGUGAUAUAUUUCUUUUCCGGGGAAUAGGAUUCAAUAUGAAUUACUUCAUCUGUACUCACUGAAUUCUACUUAGCUGUAUAAUCUUGCGAUCCGCUAUCUAUGUUUCCUACCUUUCACUUUGACCAGAGUGCUGCUUCACAGAGCUAUCCAUCUAUUAGACAUUCCUGUCACGUAUUCAGAGAGAGAGAGAGAGAGAGAGAGAGAGAGAGAGACUUUCCUCGUGGCUUCACAGAAACCGUUCUUCUAGGAAGGGAGGAUUAGGGCUAACAUUUGUUUUCUCACCAGAGGGGAGGAAAUCGUAGAAAGAAAAAAAAAAAAUCACAUCCUCAGUUGUCCUCUUUGAGGUUUUGUGUGUGUAAAUGCGAGUGUGUGUGUGUAUGCGUGUGCAUGUGCAGUUUGUAAAUCCUCACUUCGGCAUUCUAUGUUAACAGUGUGUGAAAUAUGUAUUGUUUUGAUAUGGUACCGAGUUAAAACUUGACUCCCACUGCAAUGUCCUUGGCACCUGUUAACUGUGACCAAGUGUUUGUGUGUGUGCGAAGGAGUGAGUGUGUGUGUUUAUGUUUAUGUCUACAUUCGUACUGAUAUCCAUUUGAUGCCAUAUUGAUAUCUUAAGUAAAACAGUGAUUGGCAAUGUCAUUGUGAUCUUUAUAAUGUUUUCAAAAUGGUCCAUAUUUUGUUAUUUUUGUUAUUUUUUUUGCUGCUACUGAUAAUUUUUGUUUCUAUAGUGGACUUAAAUUCGCACAAUUAACGCAAAAAACCCAUUUCAAUUAAUGCUAUUUUCUUCAGUGACUGUUAAGUUGGUUUUGCACUUUUUUAUUUUAUUUGACCUUCUUUUCUUUUUUGUAUGGACUUUUUUUUUUUUUUAACCUCACCCGUUUGAUAUGUCUUGACCCCAAUGUCAGUGUUUGUCAUACUGUGUUGCACUGUGAAAUUAAGUGUCUUUGACUGGCAAAAAUAUUCCAAUACUAAAUGGCAAAUAAAAACAACUCUGUGAAACUGGGA